UCCAUGUCAUACAGGCUGCAGCGAGACCGGUUGGAGUGCUGCGUGGAACCUCAUCUGUGGACACUGACCCGGGAAUUAUUGCUCUGCGCGCCACGAGGAGCACGCACACAAUCAGCAGUAAGUGGAUACGAUGGGAAGAGCAAGGUCUUGAGAGGAACGUGAUAACAUGGCAGAGAUCAGGAGCCUCUUCUUUGUUGCUCUCAUGGCCAGCGUGUGUCUCCACGGCCACGCAGCUCAGCUAACAGACACUCUCUCCUCCCAAAAAUGCACUGAGACAUCACUGGCGGACAUCGUGUUCCUGUUGGACGGCUCCUCCAGCAUCAGCGCAAAGAGCUUCAAGGAGAUGCUCCUCUUCCUCCAGAAGUUCAUCCAGAACCUCGAUGUGGGCGCGGACAAGGUGCGUGUGGGCGUGGCGCAGUACAGCGACGGGGCCUACGAGGAGUUCCUGCUGAAGGACCACAUGGACGAGGCCUCGCUGCUGGAGCAGGUGAGCAAGAUCCAGCACCGGCAGGGAGGCACCUUCACGGGCAAGGCCAUGACCUUCCUGCAGCAGACCUUCUUCACCCCAGAGGGGGGCAGUCGCGCCGCACAGCGUGUGCCCCAGAUCGCCGUGGUGAUCACGGACGGGGAAUCGUCGGACGACGUGAUCGAGCCAGCGCGGCAGCUGCGGCAGAAGGGGGUGAUCGUGUUCGCCAUCGACAUCGGUAGUUCCAAUUCAACGAACCUGCAUCAGAUCACCAACCGACCGCACGAGCGCUUCCUGUUCAGCAUCAACAGCUACCAGGCCCUCCAGCAGCUCCUCGACAGGCUGCUGCAGAUCCUCUGUGUGACCGUUGAAGACCAACGGGCCGUCCUUCUCUUUCCCCAAAAAUGCAAUGAGACAUCACUGGCGGACAUCGUGUUCCUGUUGGACGGCUCCUCCAGCAUCAGCCCAGAGAGCUUCAAGGAGAUGCUCCUCUUCCUCCAGAAGUUCAUCCAGAACCUCGAUGUGGGCGCGGACAAGGUGCGUGUGGGCGUGGCGCAGUACAGCGACGAGCCCUACGAGGAGUUCCUGCUGAAGGACCACAUGGACGAGGCCUCGCUGCUGGACCAGGUGAGCAAGAUCCAGCACCGGCACGGAGACACCUUCACGGGCAAGGCCAUGACCUUCCUGCAGCAGACCUUCUUCACCCCAGAGGGGGGCAGUCGCGCCGCACAGCGCGUGCCCCAGAUCGCCGUGGUGAUCACUGACGGGGACUCGUCGGACGACGUGAUCGAGCCAGCGCGGCAGCUGCGGCAGAAAGGGGUGAUCGUGUUCGCCAUCGACAUCGGCAGGUCCAAUUCAACAAACCUGCAUCAGAUCGCCAACCGACCGCAUGAGCGCUUCCUGUUCAGCAUCAACAGCUACCAGGCCCUCCAGCAGCUCCUCGACAGGCUGCUGCAGAUCCUCUGUGUGACCGUUGAGGACCAGCGGACCGCUUUGAAGCAAAAAUUUUCCGACAUCUACUUCCUGGUGGACAGUGGCCUGACCGCGGCCGACUUCAAGCUAACCCAGAACAUGAUGGUGCGCGUGGUUCAGCAGCUCAACGUGGGAGAUACGGCCCACCGCAUCGGCCUGGCCCGGUACGGCCAGGAAACCACGGUGGAAUUUCUCCCUAACAAGCACAAGAACAAAAAGGAGGUGGUGGCCAGCAUUAAGCGUCUCAGGGUGAUCCAAGGCAGUCCCAAUGCGCCGCGCAACCUGGGUGGCGCACUGAAUUACACCGUCACUAACUUCUUCAGUACUGAGGCCGGGAGCCGUGAGCAUCUGGGCUUCCGGCAGUUCCUUGUGGUCGUGUCCGGGGCCAACUCCAGCGACAGCAUCUACCAACCGGCCCGCCGGGUGAAGUCCGAGGGGGUGACGGUGAUGGGCAUUGGCCUCGGCUCGGGCAUGACGGACCAGAUGAAGACAGUGGCCACUGCCCCAUACGUUUACCAGUCUGCCAACAUCGUGCCCAUGCUGAAGGCAGCGUUUGAGACUGAGGAAGAGCAUAUGGGCGUAGUUGAGGAUUGUGUAGCUUCCAGAGUAGCUGAUGUUGUGUUCAUUGUGGACGAAUCGGAAAGAAUCGAAGCUGCUGACUUUCAGUUGGUGCGCUCUUUUCUCCACAAUAUGGUGGAAAGCCUUGACGUCCAGACAAACAGAGUACGGGUUGGCAUAGUCACGUACAGCGACAAUCCUGCAGGCCAGGUCUACCUCGAUACCUUCGAUAACAAGAAUGAGAUCCUCCAGUUCAUCAAGCGUUUGCACUACCAUGGAGGAGGGAACAAAACAGGCCUUGCACUGAAGUUUGCUCGCGAGAAUGUCUUUGUCAAACAGCGAGGAGGACGGAAAAGCCAAGGCGUCCAGCAGGUUGCAGUGGUUAUCACUUAUGGAAAAUCUCAGGAUGAGGUGGAAAAGGAGGCGGCAGACCUGCGUCGUGAUGGGGUCACCAUCUACGCCAUCGGAAUCAAAGAUGCGAACGAGACCCAGCUGGUGCAGAUUGCAUCGCACCCUUGGACCAAGCAUGUGUACAAUGUCGACAGUUUUGUCAGGCUGAAGACCUUGCAGAAGAGCCUGGAGAAGACCAUGUGCCACAACAUCUUCCGUCAGGCCAUUGCAGUCAACGAGAGAAGAACUGACAUCAAAGAAGGUUGCAUGCAAACAGAUGAGGCCGACAUAUUCUUUUUGAUCGACCAAUCAGGAAGUAUUCAGGUCGACGACUUCAAUUACAUGAAGAAAUUCGUCAUUGACUUCCUGAAGACCUACCACAUCGGCCCGGACCAUAUCCGUGUUGGGUGUGUCAAAUAUGCAAACUCGCCCACCUUAGAGUUCGACCUGACUACGUACACUGACAGCAAAACCCUGGAGAAUGCGGUGAAGAGAAUCUAUCAAGUUGGCGGCGGUACCGAGACCGGACGUGGCCUGUCCUUCAUGGCGCCCCUGUUUGAGAGAGCCAUGAAAACUCGAGGGCACAAAGUCCCUGAGCACCUCAUUGUCAUCACAGACGGGAAGUCGAUGGACAAGGUCGAACUUCCCGCAGAGGAGCUGAGAACCCAGGGCGUCAACAUCUAUGCAAUCGGAGUGAAAGAAGCAGAUGAGACAGAGCUGCGGUUGAUCGCUGGAAGCCCACAGAAUACCUUCUUGGUGAAUAAUUUUGAUGCCCUUAAAAUUAUCAAGGACGACAUUAUCACUGAAAUCUGUUCAGCAGAUGCCUGCAAGGACAUUCCAAGGGAUCUCCUCUUCUUGAUCGAAGGCUCUGAUAACAUCAGAGAAGAAGACUACCAGAAGAUGAAGGACUUCAUGAAAGCUAUGAUUGGCAAGUCUCAGAUUGAAAAGGAAAUAGUGCAUGUGGGAGUCAUGCAGUUCAGCACCAGCCAGACGAUGGUGUUCCAGCUUAAUGACUUCCAUGACAAAGGAGACAUGUUGAAAGCUAUUGACAAAAUGCAGCAGCUUGGCGGAGGCACGCACACGGGCCAGGCCCUGACCGAAGUCUCCCUGUACUUUGACCUUGCCAGCGGGGGUCGUCCGGGGAUAAGACAGAACCUGAUUGUGAUCACUGAUGGCGAGUCCCAGGAUCAGGUGAAGGGGCCGGCUGAGGUGUUGAGGCAAAAGGGUGUGACCAUCUUCUCCAUCGGUGUGAUCAACGCCAACACCACACAGCUUCUGGAGAUCAGUGGCUCUGACGACCAUGUGUUCACUCAGAGGAACUUUGAUGCCCUGAAGGACUUGGAGAGGGAGCUGAAUCUGCGUCUCUGUGAGAGAGAGUGCCAGAAGACUCAGAUGGCAGACAUCAUCUUCUUGGUCGAUGGCUCCACCAGCAUCAGCGUCGGCAAUUUCUCAGCCAUGCUGAAUUUCAUGCAGUCCGUCGUGAACUUGACCACCGUCGGCGAGAAGAUGACGCGUUUUGGCGUCAUCCUCUACUCCAACGAAACCGAAUCCAAAUUCAACCUCAAAGAGUAUUUCUCCAAGAGUGAGGUGUUGAAGGCCAUCCAGGCGCUCAAGUCCCCGACCGGAAAUACCUACACAGGCAAGGCCUUGAACUACACCCUACAGUUCUUUGAUGAGAAGUACGGCGGCCGCCAAGCCGCAGAGGUGCCCCAGAUCCUGAUGGUGAUCACAGACGGUGAGGCCACCGACCGACACGACCUGAAGGCUCCAUCCGAGGCGCUGCGUGAGAAGGGCAUCAGCGUGUUCAGCAUCGGAGUGAAGGGUGCCGACAAGACUGAGCUGGUGAUCAUGGCCGGGGAACCCUCCAGGGUCUUCUUCGUUGACAACUUUGACGCCCUGAAGACCCUCUACAAAAACGUCUCCAGUGAGCUCUGCAGCACUACCAUUCCUGGGUGUAAGAAGGAGAAAGCGGACCUGGUUCUGCUGGUCGACACGUCGGAGACCAUCAGCGACAAUGCCUUCAGCAACAUGACGACCUUCAUGACCGACCUGAUCGGCAGCUUCAAGAUCAGCAAGGAUCAGGUGCGCGUGGGCGUGGCCCAGUUCAGCAGCAAGACGCAGAAGGAGUUCUACCUAAACCAGUUCCAGACGGUGGAGGAGGUGACCAAGAAAAUCCUGGAUAUGGUGCAGCAGAAGGAAGGAACCUGGGUCGGACAAGCGCUGAGAUUAAUCAAGAGUUACUUCGAGACGUCCACCGGGAGCCGCAUCAGUAGCAGGGUCUCCCAGAACCUGGUGGUGAUGAUGGACGGGGAAUCCAAGGACGACGUGGCGCAGGAGGCCGAGGUGCUCCGGGGGAUGGGCAUCCGGAUCUUUGUCAUUGGCGUCGGUGCCGUCAACCAGCUGGAGCUGAAUAAGAUCACGGCCAACUCUGACCUCAUCUUCACGGUCCAGGACUUCGGCGCACUGGCCAAGAUCAAGCAGAAGGUGGUGGAAACCAUCUGCGAAAAGCCUGCCUGCAGUAUUGAUGUGGCCAUUGGUUUUGACAUGUCCCAGCGCUCCGGGUCCCAACUGCUGGUCAGCGGGUUCCCCAAGCUCCGGGCGGCCCUGCCGGAGAUCCUCCACCAUGUAUCCACGCUGAAGGGCCUCUGCUGCGUCCAGAACAUGCCGAUCGAACCCAACGUCGCCUUCCGGUUGGUCAGCCAUGACGGGCGUGUCCUGCACGACUUCAAAUUUGUGCCGUUCAGCGAGGCGGUGGUGGACAAGGUCAUGAACCUGCAGAUGUCAGAGACCACCUUCUUCAACACGGCCCUGCUCACCUCCUUCCAGGAGAAGUUCAACACCCAGUCCAAUGCCGGCGCCAAGGUACUCGUGGUCUUCACAGAUGGUCUGGAUGAAGAUGUUAUGAAGCUAGAGCAUCAGUCUGAGCUGCUGCGUCGGUCUGGGGUGAAUGCCCUGCUGGCGGUGGCGCUGGACGGUGUGCGUGACUCCAGCCAGAUCCAGAUGGUGGAGUUCGGUCGAGGGUUCGGCUACAAGGUCCCCCUCAGCGUGGGCAUGCAGAGCGUGGGCAGUACCUUGCUCAAACAGAUCGACGCCGUGGCCGAGCGAGAGUGCUGUGGUGUCAUGUGUAAAUGUUCGGGACAUGAAGGAAGCCGAGGCUUGCGAGGAUCCUCAGCUGCAAAGGGUGUUCCCGGACCUAAAGGUCAUCCAGGAUUCCCAGGAGAGGAAGGGACUACCGGCGAUCGAGGCCAUCCCGGGCCCUCAGGGGUCCGAGGGACCCAGGGAUGCCCAGGGACCAGAGGACAGAAGGGAAAUCUGGGUCACCGUGGCGACAAGGGUGAAGAAGGUGAUCUUGGAAUGGAUGGAGUCGACGGACAGCAGGGUGAAGCAGGCUUGAAGGGAGCUUUAGGAGACAGAGGACGUCCGGGAAAUGCGGGCAACACAGGGAUCCGAGGAGAGGGAGGAGAUGAAGGACAGCGAGGACUCAGAGGAGACCCGGGGGCAGCUGGAUCAGACAAUGCGGAGGUGGGACCAAAAGGAGAACCAGGAAACGCUGGUAUGCCGGGCAUUCCAGGGAAGGAUGGCGUGAACGGGGAGAGUGGAAUCGAGGGAAACGAGGGACCCAAAGGAAGACGAGGACCCAUGGGAGAAAAUGGUCUGAAUGGAGAGUCGGGCAUUGUAGGAGAAGCAGGAAGCCCCGGCCCUUCAGGAUCCCGGGGACCCCAAGGGACCAGAGGUAAACUGGGCCCCAGAGGAAUCCGGGGACUUCCUGGAACUCAGGGCAGGCCAGGGGCUGAUGGACCAGGCGGUAUACCUGGACCACCUGGAGCCAAUGGACAGAAGGGACAACAAGGCGACUCGGGGCCACAAGGAGUGUCAGGACCACUGGGGUCCAGAGGAAUGCCAGGGCAAGAUGGCAGAGAUGGAUAUGGAAUAUCUGGACCGACAGGAUCUAAGGGUGAUCCUGGUUUCCCCGGAUAUCCUGGUGUUUCAGGGGACAGCGGACUAGACGGACCCCAUGGAGACCCUGGGCCCAAAGGAAACCUUGGCAGGGGGGGAGUUGCGGGAUAUCCUGGAGAAUCGGGCGUGCCCGGAGGACCAGGACAUCCUGGACAUACGGGCGCCAGAGGUCCUCCAGGGAACCGGAACAUGUCUGAGUGUCAGCUGAUAACCUACAUCCGAGACAACUGCGCCUGCUCCCAAGGCUUUGCAUGCCCGGCCUACCCCACAGAGCUGGUGUUCGGCCUGGACAUGUCACAGGACGUCACGCCGGACACCUUCGAGAGGAUGCGCUCGUCCCUGCUAGCGCUGCUGGAGGACGUCUCCAUCUCCGAGAGCAACUGCCCCACGGGGGCGCGCGUGGCUGUGGUGGGCUACAGCGGCCACACCAAACAACUCAUCCGCUUCCACGACUACCACCGCAAGAGGCAGCUGAUCGAGGCGGUGCAGAACAUCGCCCUGGAGCGCACGGCCAACCGACGGCAUCUGGGCGCCGCCAUGCGCUACGUGGGCAACAACAUGUUCAAGCGCGUGCGGCAGGGCGUGAGGGUGAGGAAGGUGGCAGUGUUCUUCAGCAACGGGCCGGCGCAGGACAGUGAGGACAUCGUUACUGCCAUGAUGGAGUACCGCGCCCUCAACAUCAUGCCGGCAGUAGUGGCACUCCGGCAGAGCACCAAAAUCCAGCAGGCCUUCCAGGCUGACAACACGGGCAACUCUAUCUACCUGUAUCUGCGCCGCUCACCGAACCUUGCCAACGAUCUGUGGAUGAUCAAGAGCUGCGUCAUCUGCUACGACCCCUGCAGGCCUGUGUCCGACUGUGUCAGUAUUCAGGAGAUCCCCGUGCCCCAGGUCCUGGAUGUGGACCUGGCCCUAGUUGUGGACGGCUCCAGGCAGGUCCAGGGUGACCAUUACUCGGGUGUCCAGGAGCUGCUUGGCUCCGUGAUGGAGCAGGUGGCCGUCAGCCGUCAGCCCCGCCGGGCCGACAGCCAGGCCCGGGUGGCCCUGGUCCAGCAGAGCGGCUCACUCCACUCCCAGGCUCCUGUUCCGGGUCAGCAGGCCGCCAAAUUAGAGUUUGGUCUGCAGACCUUCCAGGGUAAGAGCCAGAUGAAGAGCCACGUGCUGGAGAAGAUGGUGCAGCAGGGGGGCCCCUCGGCCCUGGGCCACACCCUGGAGUUCACGCUGAAGGAGGUGCUGCUGAACGCCAACAGCCCCAGGAAGAACAAGGUGAUGAUGGUGGUGGUGGGGGCCGAGACCCCCAGCUGGGACCAGGCCAAGCUUCGCCAGGUGGCUAAGGAGGCCAAGUGCAAGGGGGUAGCCGUGUUCGUGUUGGCCCUGGGGGAGCACUACAACCGGGCCCAGGUGUCAGAGCUGGCCAGCACCCCUCUGGAGCAGCACCUCAUCUGCCUGGGCCAGCUGAGGGCCGAGGAGCAGGGCUACGCCCAGCGCUUCAUCAGGAGCUACCUCUCCGUACUCAACACGGGGCUGAACACUUAUCCACCUGUCACUAUGAAGAAGACAUGUCAGCUGAUCAACAACCAACAGGAAGGGGUGAAAAACGGCCAGGGGCAAGUGAAUUUCAAUGAUCAGGAGCAGUUUGAGAUGCUGACCGGAACAAGGACUGAAAAACUGCUGGGCCCGCUGGACCUUGUUGGGUCCAAUAACCCUAACCCUGGCUCCACGACCCGAGCCUAACGGUAAGCUAGCUAGCUAUGUCAUUUCUAAAAUCACCCUGUCAGCCAGUUCAAUUUAUUAGGGUUCUUUUGUUACUUUCUUAGGAUUGAUUUGCUCAACUCGGAUUGUAUUGACACACUUAGCUCCACAAGGGUCGCAACAGCUUUUUGGUUCAUAUUAUAAUCAUUCUAUAAUUCAUAUAUAACAUUUGUCUUGAUCAUUGUUUUAAUCAAUAUUACAUGACAAUCAGCAUGCACUGUAUUGCAUUUCUUUUAAUCAAAAACUCCAUCUUUGAUCAAGACCAUCCAGAAGAUAUGGAGCUGCAACAAUUUCAACUAGUUAUUUAUCAAAAAAUAUAUUGAUAAUAAUAAAGAACUGUAUUUUACCUCACCAUAACCUUGAGCUUGUGUUAGAGGCAGCAGAGAGAGAGGUCAUGUUUCCCGAAGCUCCACUAGGCAUUGGAAAAAACUACUUAAUUCAUCGUUCAGAUCUACUUUAUUUUAUUGUAUUUCAUAAUCAUAAUACUUAACAAUAUAUAGUUUGUUUCCGUUGUCCUCCAUCGCUCGAUUCAACAAUACAUUUUGGCACUUUUUAUGACUCCCGGAUCAGGCCGCAGCAAAAGCCUUGGACUUUCCUAUCACCAACAUGCCUCUGUACUCAGAUAUCUCAGGCACGGAGACUGGGAAAUGCACAGACUGCACCAAACUGCAACAGACAGUGGCUUUAUUUGAAAUGAGACUAGCAGCAUUAAAAAAAUGCAAAGAACUCCUCCAGGAUACAGUUCCGAUGGUUGAGUUUGCUGAGCUAACUCAGACAAAUACACAACAAGAUGAUCAAAGCUACAUUGUGUCCUUCCCGAAGCUGGACAAGAGAGAGACAGUUCCAGCUGCGUCUCACUGGCACAGAGUCGGCGCUAAGCCAAAACAACAUACCAAACUGAAUCAACAAGUUUAUUCAGGCCACCCAAAUACUUUUUCGAUGACUUCACAGAAUUAUAGUCUAGCAUCUCCACAGAAUUUGACUGUCUAGUUAUAACUGGUGACUUAAAUUUUCAUACUGAUGAUAUGACAAGUGUGCAAAAAAACUUUUUACCAUUUUGGACGCAUUUGAACUGUCUCAACAUGUGAAAGAGGCUACUCAUUGUAAGGGACACACUCUAGACCUGGUUAUCACAAAGGGCCUCAAUGUUUCUGAUCUCUCUGUGACUGAUCCUUCCUUGUCUGACCACUUUAUUAAAUACUGUCAAAAAACGGUAUAUCAAUGAAGAUUCUAAUGUACUUUUUAAAAAGGCCAUCUCCUUGCUACCACCUCUCAACCCAUGUUCUGCUGUUGAUCUUGUAGAAAACUUUAAUUUGACAUUUUUGAAAGUCAUAGAUGUCAUUGCACCUUAUAAGGUUAAAACGAUUUCUGGAAAGCAAAAGGCCCCCUGGAGAAAAGCUGCUUCUGUAACAGCACAGAAAAAAGAAUGCAGGAAGGUUGAACGCAUCUGGCGUAAAACGAAACUUCAUAUUCAACAUGAUAUCUAUAAAGAGAGCCUCCGUGCCUACAAUUUAGAGUUAAAAGGUGCUAGAGAAACAUUUUUCUCCAGUAUCAUUAAAACCAACACUAAUAAUGCAAAAACCGUAUUCGUUGCCACCUGAUCUCCAUUCCACGCAGAAAUACAAUGAGUUUGCAGCUUUUUAUACUGAUAAAAUUGAAGGCAUCAGACGCGCCAUCAAUAUCUCCACUUCAAACAAAAAUGUUGGCCUACCACCCUGUUCAGGCAAAAGUAAUGUGGCAAGGAUGGCAUGCUUUAAUGUUAUAGACUCUCAAACUCUUGUGGAAACUGUGACACAACUAAAGCCAUCCACCUGAUCCCUUGUUACUUUACCUACCAACCUCUUUAAGAAUGUUGGGCCUAGGGCCUAGCAGUAGACAUAUUGCAGAUAGUUAACAACUCUCUCCAGUCAGGCAAUUUCCCCAAAGCUUUAAAAACUACAGUUAUUAAACCCCUUUUAAAAAAGCGGAGCCUAGAUGCCUCUAUUAUUACAACUACAGACCAAUAUCAAAUCUACCCUUCAUAAGUAAAAUCAUUGAGAAAGUUGUCCUCCAGCAACUUAAUCACUUCCUGGCAUCAACUGGUUGCUAUGACACCUUCCAAUCAGGAUUUCGACCCCUGCACAGCACUGAGACCGCCCUUAUUAAAGUUGUAAACGACAUCCGUCUUAACACAGACUCUGGCAAAACCUCAAUACUAACGCUACUUGACCUCAGUGCUGCAUUCAACACUGUAGACCAGGGGUCCCGAACCUUUUCAGCAACAAGGACCGGUUUGAUUCUCCAAAAAAAUCUAUGUAUAACUAUCACCAAAUGACUAUCGGCCCAUAGAUCUGCUGUGCCGGUGCAUUGAGCAAGUGAAAGAAUGGAUGUGUCGAAAUUUCCUUCAACUAAAUGAAGACAAAACAGAGAUAAUUGUAUUUGGUUCUAAAAUGGAAAGGCUUAAAGUAACCCAACACCUUCACUCUCUGUCCCUGAAAACCUCAAUCAAAGCCAGAAAUCUAGGGGUUAUCAUGGAUUCAGAUUUACAUUUCGACACAUCAAAUCAGUUACAAAAUCUGCAUAUUAUCACCUAAACAAUGUCCACCGAAGACUUACAAAAACUUGUACAUGCCUUUAUCACUAGUAAGCUUGAUUACUGCAAUGGUCUCCUUACAGGUCUCCCAAAACAAACUCUGAUGAAGCUUCAGCUUGUUCAGAAUGCUGCUGCUAGAGUUCUAACAAAGACCAAAAAAUUUGAACAUAUUACACCAAUUCUGAAAUCGUUACAUUGGCUUCCUGUAGGUCAGAGAAUUGAUUUUAAAAUCAUGUUGCUAACCGAUAAAUCCCUACAUGGUUUAGGCCCAAAAUAUUUAACUGAUACGCUUCCACUACAUAAGCCUUCUAGACCACUAAGAUCCUCUGAGACCAAUCUGUUAAUUAUCCCUAGAGUAAACACGAAACAUGGGAAAGCAGGAUUUAGUUACGAUGCAACAAAUAGCUGGAAUGAACUCCCUGAGGAUUUAAGACUUGCCCCAACUCUGAGCACCUUUAAAACAAGACUGAAGACUUUUAUGUUUGCUUUAGCUUUCUGCUAAAUCUUAAAUACAUUGCACUUUCUAAAAAGCUUUUUUAACUUUGCCUUUAUUUUCUAUUUUAAUACUAAAAUGCAUUUUUAACUUUCUAUUAUACCCAUUUCUUUGCAUAUGUUUCCUUUAACUUAUCUAUUAUUUUAUUUUAUUGCAUUACAAUGUUUAUAUGUGAAGCACUUUGAGUCUGCCUUGUGUAUGAAAAUUGCAAUAUAAAUAAAGUUGCCUUGCCUUGAUAAAUAUUUAUUUAGACUGAGAUUCGCUU